AUGACAGCCUGCGCAUCAUCCUACAUCGCGGACCAAGAGCUGUGUGCUUAAUGCAUGCUUCUCUGCCAGCCACUUUAAUAGGAAAACAACAUUUCAUUACCACACACGCUGGCAGGGAUCAACUUUACUACCUUGUUGGACUACUUCUCACAAUCUACAUUUUUGACUUCGAUAUCUCGUGAAUUGCUCUCCACUUUUUUUUUUCAAACAUAAGAAAAGAGCCACCAUGCCGCUGAAUUCAAGUUUGGCAAGUAAAAACUACGACUACGAUUCUAUCCAGCCAUAUUUUUAUGUUGACAACGAAGAUGAGGAUUUCUAUCACCAGCAACAAGGACAGCUUCAGCCACCGGCUCCAAGUGAGGACAUCUGGAAGAAAUUUGAGUUGCUGCCCACGCCUCCUCUCUCCCCGAGCCGACGACCAUCACUGUCUAGUCUUUUCCCUUCAACUUCUGACCAACUCGAAAUGGUGACAGAGUUUCUCGGGGACGACGUUGUAAACCAGAGUUUCAUCUGCGAUGCCGACUACUCUCAACCCUUCCUCAAGUCUAUCAUCAUUCAGGACUGUAUGUGGAGCGGCUUCUCGGCUGCAGCCAAGUUGGAAAAAGUGGUGUCUGAAAGACUCGCCUGUCUCCAGGCUGCUAGGAAAGAAUCAGCUUUUGGCGACAACGCGGAGUGUACUAGUACUCAGGUGAACGCAAACUACUUGCAGGAUCUGAACACAUCCGCGUCAGAAUGCAUUGAUCCCUCCGUGGUCUUUCCCUACCCAAUAACUCAUACUUCCAAAUCAAGCAAGGUGGCACCACCCACGGAUUUGGCAUUGGACACCCCACCCAACAGCAGCAGUGGUAGUGACUCAGAAGAUGAGGAAGGAGAUGUGGAUGAGGAAGAGAUAGAUGUCGUGACUGUGGAGAAGAGGCACGCUGUGAAGCGGCGCUACCCCAGCACGUCUGAGACCAGACAUCACAGUCCCCUUGUGCUGAAGAGGUGCCAUGUCUCCACCCACCAGCACAACUACGCCGCCCACCCCUCCACACAGCACGAGCAGCCAGCCGUCAAGAGGCUGAGGCUGGAGAGCAGUAACAGUGACAGCAGCCGGGUCCUCAAGCAGAUCAGCAACAACCGCAGAUGCUCAAGUCCCCGGACAUCAGACACUGAGGACUACGACAAAAGAAGGACUCAUAAUGUACUGGAGCGCCAGCGGAGGAACGAGCUCAAGCUGAGCUUUUUCGCUCUACGGGACAAGAUCCCGGAGGUGGCUAACAACGAAAAGGCAGCCAAAGUGGUCAUCCUGAAGAAGGCUAUAGAGUGUAUUUACAGCAUGCAGACAGACGAACAGAGACUAGUCAACCUCAAAGAGCAGCUAAGGAGGAAAAGUGAACAUUUGAAACAGAAGCUGGCCCAGUUGCAGAACUCUCAUGUUUGAGCUCAAAGCAGCAUAGACUUUUUGGCCUUCAUGUUUUUAAUGCAAGUUAAGACAUGGUGUGUAUAGUUGAUAUUGCAUGCAAAUGCAAAAAUAUGUUUUUGGGGGAUCUGUCUGAUUUCAAUGUUGAACUGCCUUAAUUGAAUUUUAUCGGCAGUAAAAUAUUUAACGUUUAUUUUUAUUAAUAAAAUAUUAAAUAGGGCUACAUGUGUUGCAUGCCCGACCUAAAAUAUGAAUGAUGUUUUGUAUAUAAUUACUGAAUAUUUCCUAAGAAAUGUAUUUUUUUGAUCUCAAUUGUCUGGAAGUUCAGGCAGUAUAUGGUUUUCCAUAUUAUGUUCCUAGAUUCAUUUUACAUUUUAGUCAUUUAGCAGACGCUCUUAUCCAGAGCGACUUACAGUUAAUGAGUGCAUACAUUUGAAAUAUAAAUGCAUUUCUUUUAUAACACACGCCUGUCUGUUUUUCUCUUGGAGACACUUGAAUGCGCUCUCACGAGCUGUUUGCAUUAACAGUUGAUGACAGCAUGAAUACACUCCUAUAAAAUAAUGAACCUAUGAUAAGGUGUAGAUAACAGUUAAUACUUGUCUAAUGCCACUUGUGGGGAAAGGGGGUCCAAAGACUGACUGUUAAAAUGGACAGAUUUGCACUACUGUGUAUUGCACUACUCUUUUGAAGUCUUAACAAUUGAUAAAAGACCAGUAGAAUCAGAAUCACCUUUGUUCAGGAAUUUGAACUGGUGACAUGGUGCAACAGUAAACAGAAUAUAAACAGUAGUUCUAUGCAGAGGUGACCAUACCACAAGUUAGUAUGGACAGUUGAGGGUCAGGGGUCAAAUACAUUUCAGGGGAACCAACUUAUAAUUGAAGGCACCUUUUACACCUUAUUUUUAUAUUAGAUGAGUGAGCCUAGCAAGCACUAGAGAUUUGAUGUCCUAAUUUACAUGGUCUAGAUGGAAGAAAACCAAGGUAGAUUGAAAAGGACCUGGACUGUGUCCCGUUUUCUACCCUUUUAGAAGUGUGCACUUGCACACUUCCCGUUUAUGGAUUCAAAAGCACAAGAAUGUUGUAAGCAUUGGCUAGGAGAGAGACUACCAAGGGUAGGCUGACUAUGGUGGAAGUGUAUAUGGAGCUUGAAUCUCAUGGCUGUGGGAAUAAGGAUGAAUGGAUAUUUGUCCAAAAGAAUGGGAAAAUAAGUACAAUUGUGGGAAGUAAUGUAUAGUUCUGAUAAUACCAUAUUGUAUUCUUUUUGGAAAAGAAGGCUAUGCCGGACUUGUGGGACUCGUUCGAAACAUCCAAAAUGAUGGAUAAAGCUUUUGGUACAGUCAAAUCAGUGAAGAGCAUGAGAAGUGGGUUUGUUCUGAUUUCUUGUGUUUCUGCGGAUCCGAAAAAAACGUGUGUUGGAUAUCACUAAUAUCAUGCUUUGAGCUACAGAGCAGGGCACCUGUCAAAGUAGUAAUUUCUGGUGGCUCUUAGGAUGUUGACAUUGCUCUAUUAAAGAAAAUUCCAGGAGUGGUCUAUGUACGUAGGAUGAAUCAUAUGGUAAUGGCAGGAAGGAGAAGAGUUUGUCUGUUCUAGUGUUUUUUGAUGUGGAGUCUCUCCCUACUCGAGUGCAGCUGGGAAAUGUGUACUAUCCUGUCAGCUUUUGUAAACCGGCCUUUACAAUGUUCUUGAUGUAAAAUGUUUGGACAUGUAAGAAGUGUCUGCAGAAGGGAGAAGUGUGGGAAAGAUCAUUUACAUUUUAGCAGACGCUCUUAUCCAGAGCGAC